CAACCAUGGUGGUGAUUGUGAAGAAUAAUUAGGGAGCCGCUGGCUUGUCUGAGCAUACACAUAUACGGCGCGUGCAUUAUACCCGGCGUAGCGCCCUCUCUCUCUCUCUCUCUUCCGUUUCAUUCAUGCACGUUGAUUGGACACUAACCCAUCUUUUUGGGCUAAUGGAAACCAGCAACAAAAAGCACAAGGUCGCUUGACACACCAAGAGCUGGAUGUCAAAAGCCAGAACAUCAGGUCUCUACUAUGACAACAAGUAGGUCACAUGUACUUGUUUACUAUACAACAGCACUUGCGCAUGUUUGCGGCGCGUAUCAAAUCUUUUUUAUUUUGACUAUACCAUAGUUCAUUCCUCAUUUAUCUAUCUUUCUUUUCCCAUUUCUCCUGUAAAGAGUUGGACGCAGACUACCACUACUUCCGCCACUGGAUACUGCUUGAUAUCGCCUUUAGCCACUACAUACUAUGGAGCACUCAGAUUCCCCUAUACGCAGAGGACAGAGACCCAGAACCGUACACCCAUCUUUGUCGGAUCAUCUGCCAGCAGCACUCGUCCCGCGCAGGACACGACCAUGGUUUAUCAAUGGUACAAUACGAGAAGAGCAGGUAACAUCACCAGCAGUAACAUCUCGACAACCACGAGCAGAGAAUCAGCAAAUUCUGCCGUCAUCGUGUAUCCUUCGUUCGCGACGACCCAUGCUAAUAAUUGAACGAGAAGAAUUGCCAAGCAGCUCCUCCUCUGGUCAUAGCAACGAUGACAGCAACGAAAGAACAUCACGGACAGAAUCACAAGUAAGCGAAGAUUUGGCACGGAUGAGUCUUGCAAGCAUGGAUAGCAAUAACGGGGCUACUAUACGGCAGCAUGACGAUCCUUCUUCCGAACAACUUGCGCUUCCUCCUGGCCCUGUUACUUCUGUUGGACGUCAACAAGGAUCCGAACAUUCACUGGAUGGCAUCGUCAAUCUUUGCCUCAAUACAAAGAACCUUCCCCGAUCAGCCCUUGAAAGUAUUCUUGUUGCCGACUAUGCCAGUCAACUGAAAGAGCAUGACUUUGUUGAGCUCGUGCCCCAGGUGAAUCGAUUGGUUGAAAAACGCAAAAAAGAGCUGGCAGAAGAAGAAGAGCGCCGCAACAACGACCACAGUGGCUCCGUCUCCAAUGACGACACUUUGCAAUGUCCAUUUUGCUGCAAUGCCCCAAAGAAUUGUCUGUUUCUGGAUUGCGGUCAUUUAGCAUGCUGCAUGCCUUGUGGUGAAAAAGUAAAUGGAUGAUAGGAGGAGUGGUUCUUGCUGUUUCAUAUACAUCAACAGCAUUUGUGUAUCAUUGACGAAAGUACUAACUCUUUGAUCGAUGCCAUAUUACUCUCUAUGUUUACCGGAAAUCAACAAACACAACAGCAACGCGCCUACAACGGAAACGAGUGUCCUCUUUGUCGUCGACAUGUCUCUCGCUUGAUUCUUGUAUACCUCUCUUGAAGAAGUUAAAAAUUUCAGAUAAAAGAGAGAGAAAGCAAUGCAUCAUGUACAGUGUGUUGUAUCCCCGUCUUUUAUUCUUACUACUUUUACAUAUCCUCGCAUUAACGAAAAUCACAUUUUUCUAUGCUGCACUAUCAUAUCUGUAUAUAAAAAAAAAUAAGCAGCGGAUCAUAUUGAGUCUGCCUUUUUUUUACGGCGACAAUGUUUACAUAUUAUAUAGUAUACUGUAACAAUGAUAUUGUUAUGAUAUCAGUGUUGUGAUUUAUAUAUGCCUAUAUCUAGCUUAUUGUCAAU